CUACAGUGAAUAAUUUGCAUUUCACGCUCAAAAAAUAUUUCUUUUCCAAUUUCGCGAGCGAAAACUGCUGUCGAUAUGACUCCCUGGCUUGUACCAUUGGAAUCGAACCCUGAGGUUCUCAACAAGUACAUCUACACUCUGGGAGUGUCAAACAAAUGGAACAUUGUUGAUAUCUUCGGGCUGGAGCCUGAAAUGCUUGAAUGGGUUCCGCAACCGGUCAAGGCUGUGAUUCUGCUCUUUCCCUGUUCAGAUGCGUAUGAAGCUCACCGUGCUAAGGAGAACACCGAAUUGAAGGCCAGUCCACAGCAGCAUCCCAGCGACUUGUUCUACAUGCGCCAGACAAUCCCGAAUGCUUGCGGGACGAUUGCUCUCGUCCACAGCAUCGCCAACAAUCCUGAUGUGGAGCUGGAAGACGGCGGAACGCUCACGAAGUAUCUGAAGGAGACUCGAGGAUUGACUCCUGAGGAACGCGGUCGAAUUCUUGAGGAGGACAAGGAGUUUAUUGGCACUCAUCAGGAUGUAGCUCAAGAAGGCCAAACGGAGGCUCCGAAUCCGGACGAGAAGAUCAUCCACCACUUUGUGGCAUUCGUCAACAAGGACGGUGAAUUGUACGAACUCGAUGGACGCAAGGAGUUUCCGGUGAAGCAUGGCGCCACUUCGGACGCCACACUCCUUCAGGAUGCCGCGAAAGUCUGCAAAGUCUUCAUGCAGCGCGAUCCCGAGGAAGUUCGCUUUAACGUGAUUGCCUUGACUGCCACACAAAACUGAUUUCUCAGCGACAAGUUCGCAUUUAUCCUUUGCUAAACUUUGAAUUUUUGAUGAUGAAUUUGAGGAAAUGCAUUCAAUGAAGUCUAACAUUUCCGCGUAAAUUUGUAAGCCAGUGCUGAAAUCUUUGUCUAAUAUAUAUUUGCUAUUCAAAUCUGAGUUUAUCCCACUGAAGAUUUCACUGUUCCAGGCAUUCCAGGGAUUCUCAAAAGUAUUUUAGAUGAAUUUUAUUUUUUCGGGGAAAAUUUCGCGCGAGUAGUUAUCCGAGUUAUCUACAAUUAUCCCAGUCAUUUUGGACAAUCAUCUUUUUGUACACCGCAUUUAUCGUCCUGAAAUUGAAUUCUGUGCUUUCCAAUAGCAGAAAUAUAUCAUCGAAAUGACUAUUUGGCUUGUCCCUCUAGAAGGAAACCCCGAGGUGCUCAACAAGUAUAUUUACAAGUUGGGAGUAUCGAAGAAAUGGAAUAUUGUCGAUAUCUUAAGUCUAGAACCAGAAAUGCUUGAAUGGGUCCCUCAACCAGUAAAGGCUGUGAUCAUUCUCUUUCCCUGCUCAGAUGCGUAUCAUGCUCAUCGAGACAAGGAGAGCGCCGAAUUGAAAGAAAGUCCGCAAACUCAUCCUCCGGACUUGUUCUUCAUGCAGCAGACGAUCAGAAAUGCUUGCGGAACGAUUGCUCUCGUCCACAGCAUCGCCAAUUGUGAUGUGGAGCUGGAAGAUGAUGGAACAAUUACCAAGUAUCUCAAUAAAACCCGAGGAUUGUCCCGAGAGGAGCGCGGUAAAAUUCUCGAAGAAGACGAGGAGUUCAUCAAAAUUCACAAGGAAGUCGCUCAGAAGGAUCAAACCGAAGCGCCAGAUCCGCAUGAUAAGGUCGAUCACCACUUCGUGGCGUUGGUCAACAAGGACGGCCAAUUGUACGAAUUAGAUGGGUGCAAGGACUUUCCGGUGAAGCACGGCGCUACUUCGGACACCGCUUUUCUCCAGGACGCAGUCAAAGUGUGCAAAGUCUUCAUGCAGCGCGAUCCUGAAGAAGUUCGCUUCAGCGUAAUCGCAUUGACUGCCACACAUGAUUGAUUUA